GUUACCAUGAUCUGAUCACAAUUUCAUAUAAUUUAUCCCAUAAUCUAUACAAAUAUGACUAAGGAAUCAGGUCUAGGUCUAGUUGCAUAGGGUCCAAUAAUUAAAGCUCAUAUAUAGGGUUACCAUCAUCUCGGAAUGAUGCAGAAAGAUCUGAAUUGAGUGGCAGAGAAGCAAAAGAGAAGGAAAGAAAUUCCCCCCGAUUCGUCCUUCCGUUUUCUCCGACCCCAAGCAAGCACAUAUACCAAAACUCGACCAGGCGAAAGAAAGAAACAAAAGCGGCGGUCGGCCUCGUUGCGUCCGCUUAAACCAACCGCCCAACCCAUUAACAAGUCCACAUCCCACCCUCUUUCCAAACCUCGAUCCCAUUUCUUUAAGUUUUGCUCAGAAAGGCAGCCCCUUCCGCCACUUUUUUGCUGGCCAGCCUCUCCUUCCAUGCACAACACAGACCACCACCACCACUAUAACUACCUCACUCUCACUGCAAUGUCUUACAUGCACGAGCCAUUGCCAACCUAUGGAGUCAUGGAGACAGCUCUCUCACCUCGUUUGCUUUAUUCUUCUGCUUCUUGUCGAGAGUGCAGAGAGUAGAAGCUUGAGACGCGAUGGCGAUCGGCACAAGGUGAAGGCGUGGAGUCAUUUAGGCACGAGCUAUGAGACCUCUGAUCCGUACUACUACGCGGGUUCGCCAUUCUCGAUGCCUCCCUAUGGAGACGCCAUGGGUCCUGGUUCCUCUUCCGCGCAAGACUACCCUCCCUUUUGCAUCUAUCCGCCGCUCACUCCGCUGCCGCCGACAAUGACUCCUUACCUCCCUUCCCCGCCGCCGCCGCCGCCGCCGUUGGAGUCCACCAAUCCGCCUGAGUUCCCCGUGCCAAGCCCGCCGGUCUACAUCCCCGGCCCGCCAGAGACGGUGCCGAGCCCGCCCGUGUACGAACCCAACCCGCCAACUGCUGUCCCCAGCCCAACGGGCUUCGUACCGAGCCCGCCGCCACCGAGCUUUACCAUCCCCGGCACGCCAGGGUUCCUGCCGUCCCCGCCGCCGCCGAGCUAUAUCGUCCCAGGCACGCCGGAGUUGGUUCCUUUCCCGCCGCCGCCGCCGCCGCCGCAGCCGAUCUACGUGUUCCCAACUCCGCCGGGUUUCGUGCCGAGCCCGCCGGGUUUCGUGCCGAGCCCGCCGGAGUUCGUGCCGAGCCCGCCGGAAUUCGUGCCGGGGCCUCCUAUUUUCCUGCCUCCGGUGGUGUACCCGUCGCCGUUAGCUCCGCCGCCCCAGGUGCGCGGGCGGUGGUGCGUGGCGAAGCCAUCCGUGCCGGACCCGAUCAUCCAGGAGGCGAUGAACUACGCCUGCGGCUCCGGAGCGGACUGCGACUCGAUCCAGCCCAGCGGCCCCUGCUACGAGCCCAACACCAUGAUAGGCCAUGCCUCCUUCGCCUUCAACGGCUACUGGCAGCGGACCAAGGUCGCCGGAGGGACCUGCGACUUCGGGGGAACCGCCAUGCUGGUCACCAAAGAUCCAAGUUACGACGGCUGCCAUUUCAUCAUCUAUUGAAAGACUCGACGACAGUCUCAAGAAAAGUUCCAGGGAAAGAGCAAUUUAAGUGCUACAAUUUUCUCCCAAAUGGUUAAUUCAAAUUUGUUAGCCAUGUAAAAAAACAAUUCUGGUUAUUUUUCUCGGAUAUAGACAUUUUGAGAUUUAGAAGAAAGUGGAGAAACUGUGUGAACUGUGUACUCAAAACGAAAUUGCUCAGUUUCUUAUAGUUUUUUAUGUUCAGAAAUCACUAGUAAACAAUUCAUAUCAGCUAAAUUAUUGUUUCCAUCGUGUGUAUUUAAUAUUGUAAUUACGCGUGUUUGAAGAUACCGGCGAAGCAGCGCAUCAGCGCUGUCCAGGUGCUCCGCCUCCAUUGGCCGGAGGAGGCCUCGGUGUUGCGCUCGCAGCGGCGGCCGCG